ACCGUACCCCACCAUGAGCUCUAACUUUGACCUAGAAUCUCUUGUCAACCUAGAGCAAACGUUCUACGACGAUGGCUACAAGGACGGUUAUGCACACGGCCGAAUCCACGGCCUCAUCGAAGGCAGGGCUUUAGGACGCGAGAAAGGAUUCGAGAUGUGGGAAGAGCUCGGCUUCUAUGAAGGCUUCGCUUUGAUGUGGAAGGCCAUCUACUCAAAACAAGGUCGCCAGGACGAUCGAGGUUUCCACCAUAUACUCCAGUUAUUGGAACUGAUCUCUCAGUUUCCGAAGACAAACCCCUCGGCGGAGGCGUCGGAUGUCGAUAUACCUAAAUUGUUCCGCCAGAUUCGGUCUCGGUACAAGAUCCUUUGUGCAUCUCUAGGUGUAAAAGCCAGUCUUCGUGCAUCGGACGUGCCAUCCUCGUCUCCGCCGGAGGAUGAUGGAAAUGAAGUCCCUCAAGGCGUGACCGCGACACGGAAGGUCUGGGAAGUGAAGAAGCCCGGGGAGACGAAUACUACUCAAGAUUUGUCGUUUUAACUAGAUGAACUUGGACAGUAUGUAUACAUUCGGAUCUUGUUUGUUGUAAUACAGGUGCCAUUGUAGCUCUAAUCAAUGAAGCCCAAGAAAUCGCCAGAUAAACGCUCCCACAACUCAAUUGCCACUGCAGCACGACUGCACGCUGUAUCCCGGCAGAUUCCCAUUCGUGUCCUUGAAGGCGGAGACACUGCGUGGGUCCUUCCCUCCGGGAACGUCCAUGCUCGGAUUAUACUUGAAGAAGUUGUGCGGCUUGAACGCAACUCGGAGGUGGUCCACGGGCAUGACGGGCCAGUCCUCCGGGCGCGGGAUGUGGUUUGUGCCGACCGUGAUAAACAGCACCACGUCUUCGUUCUCGAUACUCUCCUCACUUUGCACCCACUUGCCUAGCGACUCCGCGGGCUCCUCCCUCGUCCCGGGGACGUACUUGCCCGCAGGCCACAUCCGGUUACCCUUCGGCCCCUCGACGUCCUUCACGACCCACAGUGGCUUUCUUGCGAACGCGGCCCUCGUAGCGACCCAGCUGUCGUCACGGGCCAGUAGCGUGGUGGCGCCACC